AUGAUCUACGCCAACAACCCAUCAACGCCAACACCGCCACCAACCACAUCGUAUCUAAGCUCAACGCCGUUAUGGCAAUGCAAAUACGACGGCGCAAUACUGCCGUCGGAAUGGUGCCACGCUCACAAAAUGCACUUUGACUUUAAUUCGUGUCUAAGUCGUAAAGAAGUAUGGUUAUUGUGGACGAAUGUCGUUUGUGAGUUAAUUGCUGGGCAAUGUGAAUCGUGGAUAAAUUUAGGUUUAUCACUGGAGAGCUUUGGUGCGUAUGACUAUUGUCACAACGUAUACGCAACCUGGUUCGAUAACUGCAAAAUAAAUUCGCACGCCGAAAUGCAUUUGGACCAUUCAACACUACUUGUGCCAUCAAUGGGUGGUUUAGCACCACCACCACCGCAUCAGCCUUUACCACCUACCAUGCUUAAGCAUCGUGGCGAUCCGCAACAACAACAACCCCAGCUGGACAUUCCAACAACGAAAAAGACCAAAGGUUUAGAUGAUGCCUCCGCCUAUCAACUGGAAUAUCAACACUAUCAAUCCCUGAUGUAUGCCCAUUGUGCCCAGCAGCAACGUAUGGCAGCGGCGGGACAAAUGUCCGCUUUCCGACCCUGGCCACAACCAAAAUCUUUUAUGCAUUCUGCAUAUAAUGCAGCAGCGUUGGCAGCUCUAUCCACUCUCCCAUAUUUGAGUCAAGAACCACCAGUUCUACAAAAUCCCGAACGAGUGGUCCGCAGUUCAGAUCGUGAACGGUUUGAGCGAACGUAUCAACCAAAUGUGGCGCUCGCACCACGUAAAACGCAUUUGGCUCAGGAGCGGGAGAAGGAACAGCGUGAAAUGCGUGAACGAGAACGUAUGGAAAGGGAGCGAGAGCUGGAACGGGAGCGUAUACGUGAAAGGGAACGGGAACGUUCGCGAGAACGUGAGCGUGAAUAUGAACGUGAAAGAGAAUUGAGAGAAAGAAAACUGCAGCAGCAGCAACAACAAAUCAACAAACCUCCACCUCCUCCGCCUCCAUCGCAAACCCAGGUUUCCAGUUUGUGUGAUGUCACCGAUAUCCAAAUUAAGCAGGAACGUGCCCCCACACCCACUGAAAUGAGUAGCAGUAGUCCCACACCCCCGCCGCCCCAUAACAAUAGCAACAAUCAGCAUCAUCCACACCAUCAUUUGCAUCUUACUCAUCCUGCCAUGGAGGAUGGGCGCCGUAGUAGCAACAGUUCGGGUAGACCGCCUUCUGAAAAUCCAGAUACGGAUGAUGUACUAAAUACCUGCAAUCCUGCAUUAAUGUCACCCCUGUCGCUGAGUCGUGGCAAGAGUUCGCUGGCCCAUUUAUCGCACAUGGAUCCAGUGCGCCGUUUGUCAUUGCAAAAUUCAUGUAACUCUUCGAACUCCUCCUCCGCCGCCGCCGCCUCAACAACAACUCCUGUGGCCGCAGCAACCACAACACCACCUGCCCCAAAAAUGCAGCAGCAUCAGUUGUCGCAUCAUUCGUCGGCUAGAUUAGGUUCGGCCUCCUCAGCAUCGUCGUCGUCUUCAUCAUCAUCGUCGUCGUCGUCUUCGACGGCAUUGCCAUCCUCAGCUCAGCAAAACUAUUUGAGACAAUCGCCAUCGCCAAAUCGGCGCUGUAAUAGUGCCUCCUGUACAAAUUCCCGUAGCCCUGAGGAAUUUGGUGGUUCCAAUGAGAUUACCUCGUCGACCUCUCCCAUGCCUCAUACGCAGCAUCAUAAUGCACAAAAUAUUAUUGCCACUGUGAAUCAUCACAAUAAAUUGCUGCCCUCUUCUUCAUCGUCGGCGGCUGCGUCAUCAUCGGCGACGAAUUUUGGUGCUAAUAGCAGUGGUGGCGCCCAACUGCUGAACCACAACGAAUUGCCAGGUCGUAUACGCAUAAGUAAAAAUCUAUUAAAUCAAAAUAAUAUUAUACGCUCGCCCACACCGCCGCCGUCGUCAAUGCAUUCGGCGUCAGGACAGGGCCAGCCUCACCUCAACCAGCAACAGCAGCAACAAUAUGACUACUAUAAACAUAAUGCCCGAUUUUAUGGCACGCCGCAUCAGCAGCAUCAUCACCAGCAGGCUCCGAUGCCUCCACACCCGCGACAAUGCCAUCAAAGUCCACAACCUCAGCUGGCAAAUCAUCAGCAUAAUUCGCCAUCACAGUCUUCCAAUGCCAGCCCAGCCGUGGUAACUGCUGCAUCCGCAUCAGGUGGUCUAAAUCUAACCACAAAUGCCACCAGCAGCAGCAUGGCAUCACCGGCAAACAGUGGCAGUAGCCAAGACAAUAGCCAGAAUUGCAUUAAACCUCCAACACAUCAGCACAUGAGAAUGGCAGGGCAAAUGGGAGGAGCGGGAGCAGGAGCAUCAUUUCUACAACAAACCCACUCACAGUUUGGACAACAUCAUGGGCAGCAUCACCCUCCUUCUCAUCACCAUCACCAUCUGCAACAUAGCCACCCUCACUCGCAGCUGCAGCAACAAUCUGCCCAGCAGCAACCACCCUCAUCCGCCACCUCCCAUCCUCAUCACAGUCUGGCCAAUGGACGCCGGCCCCUACCAUUGGUUGCCAUGAAUUCGGAAUUUGAAUUGUCCACCGAUACCGAUGACGAAAGUGUCAACGAUGGUGAACCGGAUAGCAGCAAUACGCUAACCCCCUGGGAAUUGGCCAUUGAGGCAUUGCGUGACUCACGACCCAAAGAACGCGAACGUCUCUUAAGCAUGCUACAGCGUAUUCUGAAUGAGAAUCAACAUUAUCGCUUGCAAAAUCAACAGCUCAAAGAGUUGAUUGUCGAGCGUAAUGAACAGAUUACGAAGUUGCAAACGGAACUGCAGCAUUGCCAGAGGCAAUUAUCGUUGCUACAGCUGGGACAACAACCCACGGUGGCGGCGACGGCGAAUUCAUUGAAUGGCGGUACAACUGGCAACAAUGGCCUAAUUACAAAAGCUUUACGCAAAGAGACCAGCAGCAGCCAUGAGGAUCAUCAGCUGAUGCUGAGAGUGCCGCUGAAAAAGUCGCUACGGCGUGAGCCGGAAUCCUAUGAUGAGGAGAGUAAUGAGCGAAAUCAUAAUCGGGAAGCAAAUGAGGGAGAGCAGCAUAGCUUUACGCCCUGCCUAAAAGAAAUCAAGAGAGAGCUUUGUGAAUCAAUGGAAGAGGAUGAAGAAGCCGCGGAGGAGGAAAGGGAUCGGGCGGUGGAGCAAAGAGCAGAAGAGAGCCAAAGACACAUAGUAGCCCCAGAAAGUAAUGAUGGCUCGAGGCAUCACCAAGUCGAAAGCUCUCUGGGGAGAGAUAUGGAAGAGGAUGAUGAUGAACACAACAACCAGGAGAGAAAGCUUAAUAAUGACUCAGAGUCCGAGUCCGAACAUAAUGAGGAGCCGGAGGAAGAGCAGGAGCAUGAGGAGGAGAAGGAGAGUCAGGAGUUCCACAAAAGCUCCCAAAGCUGCUUAAGGCAACGAUCUCAAAGUAAUGACAGCCUAAAAAGACGACUGAGCUUUGAGGAUGAAAAUGGAAUGGCGGAAAGCGGAGAGGAAGAUGAAGAUGAAGAAGAUGCGGAACGUCAUCAUCAGAGAGGGAAACGUAGGAUAUUGGAGGAAGAUAAUAAAGAUGAGAAAGCAGAUACAGAUCAAGAAAACGAGGAAAGUGAUAAAGAAGAGGACGAAGAAAAUCGAAAUAAUGGAGAUGAUGAAAAUAGUAGAGAGAAGGAUCAGGAUCACGAGGAGGACGAUGAUGAUGACGAUCAUAGCCAACACAAAAGGGUGCAGGCACCGCAUACGAAUGCUUUGAAUACACCACCCACAGCCACCACACCGCUCUCACCCGAUUCUGCUGCCACUGCGGGCCAGUUAUUUGACAGCAGUAACAGUAGUGAUGAGUCCUCAAUGAAAAAAGCUCAAAUGUCCGCCUCAAAUGCUUUGGCCAAAAUGAAUUCAGAGACCAAUGACGAUGAUGAUGAAGAUGAGGAGGACGAGGAAGAAGAGGAGGAAGCAGAAGAUGAUGCCGAAGAGGAAGACGAAGAGGAGGACGAGCAGGAAAUGCAACAAGAGGAGCAGGAAAUACAACACAGAAUGAGGUUUCGUUUGGAAAAAACCUCGAACACGACGACUUCGACCACAACUUCCAACAACAACUCCACUACCACGGUUGUGCUGGCCACCAAGGCUAGCAAAAAAUUAACUCCAACAACGAAUAAUGAUAUAAAAAUCAAACAGGAAUAUCUAUAAUAUAAUAAUUAUAUUAUUACAACAACAGCAACAAACUGAAAAUGUGCCGAUAUA